ACCGUUCCUGGUUGUUUUUUUAUUUUUUUUAGGUGGUGGGUGUUCAAAGCUCGAAAGUUCAAAUAGGUGGGCAAGUGAAAAAAGAAAAAAAAAACGAAAGUCCUGUAACAAUCUCUAGUGGGAUAAUAUCUGAUAGUUGCAGCAGUAUAUUUUCUUUAGCUCCAUCCAUAAUCUUGAAUCUAUUCCAUUUUUUUGUUUCUUUCUUCCUCUCUCCAUUUUUACCUGGAUGGGUAGCUGAGAAACUUGCUUCAAUUUGUUUUAUUCAAUCUCUUUCCUAUUCCCUUCCCUGAAAAUUCCCUUCAUUUUCACACAGCUUUCUCUCUUGCUCAAUGAAGUGGUGGUGGUGGUCUUAGUAGUUUCUGCAUCUCUCUUGCUCCAGUGCUACUUCAGAUUCAAGAAGUUUUUUCCACCUUGCUUUUCAGUAAUAUAUAGUCUUAGUAUUCAGUGAAUCCUGAAUAGGUGAAAGAAAACAGUAUAAAUUAGCUAAAGAGAUGGUGUCAAGAUCAUACUCUAAUCUCUUGGAGCUUGCCUCUGGUGAGUCUCCAUCUUUUGAGCGCAUGAACCGGCGAAUUCCACGGAUUAUGACGGUGGCGGGCAUCAUGUCCGACAUAGAUGAUGAUCCAUCAGAGAGUGUCUGCUCCGAUCCAUCAUCCUCUUCAGUGCAAAUGUGUCGAAUCAUUAUUGUUGCCAAUCAGCUGCCAAUAAGGGCACAGCGAAAAUCGGAUGGCAGUAAGUCUUGGAUUUUCAACUGGGAUGAGAAUUCACUGCUUCUUCAGCUGAAAGAUGGUCUGGGGGAUGAUGAAAUUGAGGUUAUUUAUGUUGGUUGUUUGAAGGAAGAAGUUCACCUUAGUGAACAAGAAGAGGUCUCCCAAACACUUUUGGAGACCUUCAAAUGUGUGCCAACAUUUCUCCCGCCGGAUCUUUUUAGCAGGUAUUAUCAUGGGUUUUGUAAACAACAGUUGUGGCCUUUGUUUCAUUACAUGUUGCCCUUGUCACCGGACCUAGGGGGUAGGUUUAAUCGGUCACUGUGGCAAGCAUAUGUGUCGGUAAAUAAGAUAUUUGCUGAUAGGAUUAUGGAGGUGAUUAACCCGGAGGAUGAUUUCGUAUGGGUUCAUGACUAUCAUCUAAUGGUGUUGCCUACUUUCUUGAGGAAGAGGUGUAAUAAGGUGAAACUUGGGUUUUUCCUUCAUAGUCCUUUCCCUUCGUCUGAGAUUUAUAAGACAUUGCCUAUUAGGGAAGAGCUUUUGCGAGCCCUGCUGAAUUCUGAUUUAAUUGGGUUCCAUACUUUUGACUAUGCUAGACAUUUCUUGUCUUGUUGUAGUAGAAUGCUUGGUCUUUCCUAUGAAUCCAAGAGAGGGUACAUGGGCAUUGAGUACUGUGGUAGGACUGUAAGCAUCAAAAUUCUUCCUGUUGGUAUACAUAUGGGUCAGCUUCAGUCGGUGUUGAGCCUUCCAGAGACUGAAGCAAAGGUAAAGGAGCUCAUUAAGCAGUUUUGUGAUCAAGAUAGGAUAAUGUUGCUGGGGGUGGAUGACAUGGACAUUUUUAAGGGGAUAAGUUUGAAGUUGCUGGCAAUGGAACAGUUGCUUGUGCAGCAUCCAGAGUGGCAAGGGAAUAUAGUAUUGGUGCAGAUAGCGAAUCCUGCAAGGGGUAAAGGAAAAGAUGUGAAAGAAGUUCAAGCUGAGACACAUGCUGUUGUGAAGCGGAUCAAUGAAACAUUUGGGAAGCCUGGAUAUGACCCCAUUGUCUUGAUUGAUGCACCAUUGAAGUUUUAUGAGAAAGUGGCCUAUUAUGUUGUGGCAGAGUGUUGCUUGGUCACUGCUGUAAGGGAUGGAAUGAAUCUCAUACCCUAUGAAUACAUAAUCAGUCGCCAAGGAAAUGAUCGAUUGAAUAAGUUGUUGGGACAAGAACCUUCUACCCCUAAGAAGAGCAUGUUGGUUAUCUCAGAAUUUAUUGGCUGCUCGCCCUCCUUGAGUGGAGCAAUUCGCGUGAACCCUUGGAAUAUCGAUGCAGUGGCAGAUGCAAUGGACUGUGCCCUGGAAAUGGCUGACCCUGAAAAGCAACUCAGACAUGAGAAGCAUUAUAGAUAUGUCAGUACCCAUGAUGUUGGGUAUUGGGCACGCAGUUUCUUUCAGGAUUUGGAGAGGACAUGUCGCAAUCAUUCAAGGAGGAGAUGCUGGGGUAUUGGAUUUGGAUUGAGCUUCAGAGUUGUGGCGCUCGAUCCAAACUUCAAGAAGCUCUCAAUGGAGCGCAUUGUGUCAGCUUACAAGAGGACCACAACUAGGGCAAUUCUUCUGGAUUAUGAUGGUACACUAAUGCCUCAGGCUUCUAUUGAUAAGAGCCCAUCCUCGAAGUCCAUUGGCAUCAUAAACAGCUUGUGCAGAGAUAAGAACAACAUGGUUUUCCUUGUUAGUGCUCGAAGCCGCAAGAAGGUUGCAGAAUGGUUCUCUCAGUGUGUGAGACUGGGACUAGCUGCAGAACAUGGCUACUUUCUUAGGCUAAUGCGAGAUGCAGAGUGGGAGACAUGCGUUCCUGUAGCAGAUACCACUUGGAAGCAAAUUGCGGAGCCUGUGAUGCAGCUCUACACUGAAACGACAGAUGGGUCUACUGUUGAGGACAAGGAAACUGCACUAGUGUGGUGUUAUGAGGAUGCAGAUCCAGACUUUGGGUCAUGCCAAGCGAAAGAACUUCUUGAUCAUCUUGAAAGUGUUCUAGCCAAUGAACCUGUUACAGUCAAGAGCGGGCAGAACAUGGUGGAGGUUAAACCUCAGGGUGUCAGCAAGGGACUUGUAGCCAAACGCCUACUCUCCAUCAUGCAAGAAAAUGAAAUCUCACCGGAUUUUGUUCUGUGCAUCGGUGAUGAUAGGUCUGAUGACGAUAUGUUUGAGGUAAUAACCACUUCUAUGACAGCUACUCAAAAUGCGGAGGUGUUUGCUUGUACUGUUGGUCAAAAACCCAGUAAGGCUAAAUAUUACCUCGAUGAUACAGCAGAAAUUGUUAGGUUGAUGCAAGGCUUGGCCUCUGUUUCAGAACAGACUCUCACAGAGUAGACAUAGUGAAAGGCGAACUCUCUUUGUUUCUACGUGUUAGGUUGAGCCCCGUAUUUUCUAGCUUUUCUUUGAUGUGAACAUUAUCAGUGUUAUUUGAUAGAAGAUGUGCAACCGGAACUCUUUCGUCUUUGAUCUCAGACUAGUGAAGUUGUAAAUAUAUGUUCGUGCCAUAAAUCUGUGAUAGUUGAGUUUUUGUGCUGA